GGGAGCACCAGGGGCUCUGAACAGCUUAGCACCAUGCCUGAGGCCAACUACCUGUUCUCUUUGUCCUGGGGAUACAUUAAGUUCAAAAGGAUGCUGAAUCGGGAGCUGAGCCACUUGUCUGAGAUGAGUCGCUCUGGCAACCAAGUGUCUGAGUACAUCUCCUCCACCUUCUUAGACAAGCCAAAUGAACUGGAGCUCCCCUGCCCGGUUCAGAAGUCCAAAGACAGGAAGAAGAGGCAGGGCAAGCUGCAACAACAGCAGCAGCAGCAGGUUGGGACGACGACGCAGGUCAGCGGGGUUAAAAAGGUCACCAACACUUCCAACAUCUCCGGAAGCUGUGGGAACUGCUGCGGGGUCAACACAGACCAGGAGGAACUGCUUUGCAAAGAUCUCGAGGACAUCAACAAAUGGGGCCUGAACAUCUUCCAGGUGGCAGAGCACUCUCACAACCGGCCGCUCACGUGCAUCAUGUACACCAUUUUCCAGGAGCGAGAUCUGAUGAGGACAUUCAAGAUCCCAGCCGACACAUUUGUGACGUUCAUGCUGACCCUGGAGGACCACUACCACUCCAACGUGGCCUACCACAACAGUCUGCACGCUGCCGAUGUGGCCCAGUCUGCACACAUCCUGCUGUCCACGCCCGCUUUGGAUUCUGUCUUCACUGAUCUGGAGAUCCUAGCAGCCAUUUUUGCCGCAGCUAUUCAUGACGUGGACCACCCAGGAGUGACUAACCAGUUCCUCAUCAACACAAACUCGGAGCUGGCGCUGAUGUACAACGAUGAGUCAGUGCUGGAGAACCACCACCUGGCCAUGGGCUUCAAGCUGCUGCAGAAAGACAACUGCGACAUCUUCCAGAACCUGAGCAAGAAGCAGAAGCAGACGCUGCGGAGGAUGGUCAUGGACAUGGUUUUGGCAACGGACAUGUCAAAACACAUAAACCUCCUGGCCAGUUUGAAAACCAUGGUGGAAACUAAGAAGGUGACUAACUCCGGCGUCCUGAUGUUGGACAGUUACUCGGACAGGAUGCAGGUGCUGUGUAACAUGGUUCACUGCGCAGACCUGAGUAACCCAACCAAACCUCUGGACUUGUACCGGCAGUGGACAGACAGGAUCAUGGAUGAGUUCUUCCACCAGGGGGACAGGGAGCGAGAGAGGGGGAUGGAGAUCAGCCCCAUGUGUGACAAGCACACGGCUUCAGUAGAGAGAACCCAGGUUAGCUUUAUAGAUUACGUUGUGCACCCUCUGUGGGAGGCGUGGGCCGACCUGGUCCAUCCUGAUACCCAGGACAUCCUGGAUACACUUGAAUACAACAGGAACUGGUACCAAAGCAUGAUCCCCCAAAGCCCCUCUCCUUUCUACACCAGCGAUGGGGAAGGAGGACCACGUAGGGGCGGUGAGGGUGGUCCUGAAAGUAAAUUUCACUUCGAGCUGACGCUGGACAACCAGGAAAGACACGAUGGACACAGAGACAGUGGGGUGAUGAGCACUGCUGUCGUCAGAGACUGUCCCUGUGGAAAGGACGGGCUGGACAUCUCUGCUGCAGAAACAUAACUGAACUGGUGGCGUGCACGAAA